UCUGGUCGAUGGCUAUCUGUGGUACAAAUAAAAAAUCUUUGUACUCAUUUCAAAUCAUUUCGUGUUCGUUUCGACUUUCGGACUUUCGUGCGUGUACAUUAAACAUUUGGCGGACUCGCGGUCGGUAACAUAGUUUAAAUUGUGAAAUAAUGUGCUUUUAAUUCAUAGCUGUUAUUAUUCUAUACCCGUUAUACAUGUUUCAGGUUUUAUGAAUAAAUUAAAAAGCUGACAAAUGCAAGAUGCUCUACAUAAACAUUUUGAAGCAAUCAACGAUAGUGCAUUUAUGCUUCGCUAUAUCUUAUUUCACCUCAGGCCUAAUUUUAAGUUGUGUUCAGGCCAUUCUAUACUUUGGACUUAAGCCAUGCAACAAAAGACUCUACAGGAAAAUUAAUUAUUAUCUCUGCUAUUCCUUUUACUGUCAAUUAGUGUUCAUGUCAGAAUGGUGGUCAGGCACAAAAUUGUCUCUGUACAUUAAGAAAGACGAGUAUGAUAAAUAUUAUGGCAAGGAACAUGGCUAUCUUAUCAUGAACCAUAGUUACGAAGUGGACUGGCUCAUGGGUUGGCACUUCUGUGACGGAAUCCAAGUUUUGGGAAACUGCAAAGCUUAUGCAAAAAAAUCUAUACAGUACAUGCCAGCCAUAGGUUGGAUGUGGAAAUUUUCAGAGUUUGUAUUUUUGGAAAGGUCAUUUGAGAAGGACAAAGAAAUUAUCAAAAUGCAGAUAUCGGAGAUAUGCGACUACCCUGAUCCAGUCUGGCUAUUACUGACACCAGAGGGUACUCGCUUCACCCAGAAGAAACAUGAGGCAUCGAUUAAGUUCGCCAAAGACAAGAAUCUUCCUGUCCUCAAGCAUCACCUGACACCGCGCACGCGGGGCUUCACCACCAGCCUGCAGUACUUCCGGGGCAAGAUUCCCGCCAUCUAUAACAUACAGUUGGCCUUUGAGAAGAAUAGCAAGGUUCCACCUACAUUAACAAGUAUGUUAUACGGCAAGCCGGUGCACGCACACUUGUACAUUGAGAGAAUACCAGUCGAGACUAUACCUGAAGACGAGGCCGAAGCCGCUAAGUGGCUACACGACGUAUUUGUAGCAAAGGACAAAAUGCAGGAUUCAUUUUUCAACACUGGAGAUUUCUUCUCAGAGUCUGGCGUGGAAAGAGUUGAGCCCUUUGAAAGGCCCAACAGAAUAUACUCUCUCUUGAACACCAUGGGGUGGGCGGUCGUGACUCUGACCCCUAUGUUGUACUACCUCCUAGGACUUCUGUUCAGUGGGAAACUCCUUUACUUCUCUAUUGGUGUCGCCAUUCUCGCUGCGUUUUAUAUACUCCUUCAGAAAGCCAUAGGGAUGUCGAAAAUCAGUCAAGGAUCUUCAUAUGGAACAGAAAAGAACAAGUAGUAGGUACCUAAAUUAAUUGUGUUAAUGUAUA